AUGUGUCCAGCAGUCGCCCCGCAGCGAUCUAUCCUGUGGUUCAGAAAGGGGCUAAGACUGCACGACAACCCCUCAUUGCUCGCAGCCAUAAAGGGAGCCACUCACCUGUACCCAGUCUUUGUCCUUGAUCCCUGGUUCCUAAAGCCUGAUGUUGUUGGUGUCAACCGGCUGAAUUUCCUACUUGAAUCAUUGACAGAUCUUCGCAGCAGUCUCCAGGCAAGGGGGUCCAAUCUCUUGGUAUUGAGAGGCAAUCCACAGGAUGUCUUGCCAAGGGUGUGGAAGGACUGGAACAUCACUCGGCUGUGCUUUGAAGCCGACACAGAGGAUUAUGCCGAGGAGCGCGACACCAAGAUCACAGCAGCUGCCCAGGAAGCUGGCAUCGAGGUGAUAAGCUGUGUGAGCCACACGCUGUACGACACAAGCGAUGUGGUGGCGAAGAACGGAGGCAAAGCGCCGCUGACUUACAAAGGCUUUGAGAAGGCCAUAACGGCACUCGGGCCCCCGCCAGCCCCUGUAGAGGACCCCCCGGCCAAGCUGCCCCCCCUUGCUGCGGACAGCAAGGGCACAGACAGUGAAACAACCAGCGUCCCCAGCCUGAGAGAACUUGGCUACCCGGAUGAAGCUAGCACAGACAUCAAGGGAGGUGAGACAGAGGCGUUGGCGCGGCUGGCAGAGCAGCUAUCUGACAAGGGCUGGGUGGCGGCGUUUGAGAAACCAAAGGGGGAUCCCACAGCCUUCAUCAAGCCGGCCACCACCGUGCUGUCGCCGCACCUGAAGUUUGGCUGCCUGUCUCCGCGUCUCUUCUAUGAAGCCCUGCAGAGGGUGUACAAGGAGAAGAAGGAGCACUCAAAGCCGCCAGUGUCGCUGCUGGGGCAGCUGCUGUGGCGCGAGUUCUAUUAUGUGGCAGCAGCGCAUACGCCGAACUACCACCGCAUGGAAGGGAACCCCAUCUGCAAGCAGAUUCCCUGGGACAACAACGCGGAGUUCUACCGCGCAUGGGAGGAGAGCCGAACUGGAUACCCCUGGAUCGAUGCCAUCAUGGCGCAGCUGCGCCGCACUGGCUGGAUGCACCACCUCGCACGCCACUGCGUGGCGUGCUUUCUGACGAGAGGUGACUUGUACGUGUCCUGGGAGAAGGGCAGGGAUACCUUUGACAGGCUACUCAUAGAUGGGGAUCCCUCCCUCAACAGCGGCAACUGGAUGUGGCUGUCCGCCUCGUCCUUCUUCUACCAGUACUUCCGCGUCUACUCCCCCAUCACCUAUGGGAAGAAGUAUGACCCAGAGGGCAAAUACGUCAAGCACUUUCUGCCUAUCCUGAAGGACUACCCACCAAAAUACAUCUGGGAGCCUUGGAAAGCGCCUAAGGAGGUGCAGGAGCAGGCCGGCUGCAUCAUUGGCAAGGACUACCCUGCACCCAUCGUGGAUCAUGCAGAGGUGUCCAAAAGGUAG